AUGAGCCGGUUCGGGGGCCGCACGCGCGAGUACCCGGCCGUGUCCAUCGACCGCUUCGACCGCGACAACCUGCGCGCGCGCGCCUUCUUCCUGUCGCACUGCCACAAGGAUCACAUGAUGGGGCUGCGGGCGACCGCCCUGAAGAGGAGGCUGGAGGGCAGCUUGAAAGUUAAACUAUACUGCUCACCUGUAACUAAGGAAUUGUUGUUGACUAACUGGAAAUACAAGUUUUGGGAGAAUCAUAUUGUUGCAUUGGAAGUUGAAACACCAACUCAGAUUACUUUAGAAGAUGAAACAUCUGGUGAGAAAGAAGAUGUUGUGGUGACACUUCUGCCAGCUGGUCACUGUCCAGGUUCAGUCAUGUUUCUAUUUGAAGGUGAGAAUGGCACUGUGUUGUACACAGGGGAUUUCAGACUUGCAAAAGGAGAAGCAGCCAGAAUGGAGCUUUUGCAUUCAGGGACUAGGGUAAAAGACAUCCGGAGUGUGUAUUUGGACACUACUUUUUGUGAUCCCAAAUUUUAUCACAUACCAAGCCGGGAGGAAUGUUUAAAUGGGAUCUUGGAGUUAGUGCGAAGCUGGACCUCACUGUCUCGUAAUCAUGUUGUGUGGCUGAACUGCAAAGCUGCUUAUGGAUAUGAGUAUUUAUUUAUAAACCUCAGCGAGGAACUCGGAAUCAAGGUGCACAUGAACAAACUUGAUAUGUUCAGGAACAUGCCAGAAAUCCUGUGCCAUGUUACCACAGACCAACGCACGCAGAUUCACGCCUGUCGACAUCCUCGGGAUGAUGACUGCUUCCGAGGGAACAGACUGCCCUGUGGGAUGACUUGCCUUAAUGGAACUCCCCUGCACAUAAUCAGCAUCAAACCCUCCACAAUGUGGUUUGGGGAAAGGAAAAAGAAAACAAAUGUAAUAGUGAGGACUGGGGAGAGAACAUACAGAGCUUGUUUUUCUUUCCACUCUUCGUACAGCGAGAUCAAGGAUUUCCUGAGCUAUAUCUGUCCUGUGAAUGUGUAUCCCAAUGUACUGCCAAUGGGUGGGACAGAGGACAAAGUUAUGGACAUAUUAAAGCCAUUAUGCAGGUCAUACAGGAGAAUCAUGGAACCCAGGUACAAGCCCUUAGGAACACUGAAGAGAGCCCACAAGAGAGAAUUAUCUGAUACAGAUGAAGAUGAUCUCUUUGAUUCAGAAUUAAUUUCUACAAGGCCUAAGAUUCCAAAACAGCAGAGAGGAGAGAGCAGGCCCUGCAGCACAGGACAGUCUGAAAAUUCUGAAGGAAACAUUAAUGAAAGCACAGAAAGUUACAAAGGGACCACAACUUACACCUCCCUCAAGACAGACUUCGUGGACUGUGAAGAAUCAAAUGAUGAUGAUGAUGAUGAAGAUGACGAAGAAGAACCUGAAAAAAAUACAGUUCCAUUUCUUUCCCAUGAGCCAGAUGCCACUUCCAUAGCCAAUUUCAAUGGAGUUACUAGUGACCAGCAGGAGUCUAAUGCCAGUGUCCCUUGCUGGGAUGAAUUUUUUACAGGUAAUAAACUAGAGGAAAGCUCUGAAAAUGAGGACAACAUCCCAUCUUCAGCAGAUGCUGGCGGGUCCCAGUCACUCUUCAGCGAUUCAGAUGGAGUAAGUGACUCAACACACAUCUCCUCCCAAAAUUCUUCUCAGUCAACACACAUAUCAGAGCAGGGGAGCCAGGGCUGGGAUAGCCAAAUGGACACGGUGCUCAUCACCUCCCAGGAGAGAAGUGCCCUGGACCUCAGCACAGGUGGGAGCAGAGCAGUGGUUCCUGUGCUGCAGGAGAGUCCCAGGGACACUCAGCUGGACAGCAGCAGGGGGAAGCCACCAGGUCAGAACAGACUUUGUGCCCACGAUGGUGCCUGUGGCUUGAAAAGCAAAGGUUGUGAGAAAGCUGCAGAAGAUGGCACUGCCCACAUUCAGGAUGUGCUGGCAGAAAUAAGCGACAGCUCCAGGACUCCUGAUCUGGAGCUGAGGAGGGACUCCCAGAGCUCCUCUGACUUUGAAAUUCCCUUGACUCCUGGUGCUGAAGCACCUCAGCCAGAUAAACUGCACCAUUUAUACAAGAAGCUUGCAGCAGGUGAAAACAUAAUCAGUGAGAAAAAAGUCUCCUGAGAACAGGUAUAACUGAUUAUUACCUUGUGGUAAUACCCAGCAUGUCUAUUAAUACCUGAAUUAUUUUUCUCUUUCCUGCUGGUUACUGUCUGCAGCUAUGCUGAGUCAUACUUAGUUCAGAAGUAUCUUACUGUCAGAACCAGGAAUUUGCAGCCUGUGUACCUUUUAUUGUUCCUUCCAUGAAAUACUGAAAGGGAAAUAUUCAGAAAGUAUUCCCAGGAGGGACAGUAAAAGCCUUCUACCUCCCAAGGUUCAAGUCUCCAGGACUGUAAGUAGACAAAAAAUGGACCACACAAAACUACGGGUAGGACACUAAAUGAAAUUUAGUGUUUAUCAUGAGCUCUAAGAGUUUGCCUUUGUAAUGUGAUCUCAGGUUUUAAUAAAAUAGCACACUAUUAACUGUGGGGAGGAAGACCUAAGAAUGACCAUGCAAACAAGGCAGUUGUAAUUUGGCUUUAAUCCCUAUUACCAUUGUUUAUCAUUAUUAUAACAAUUUAAUCAAUACUCACUACAGUUAUUUUUAAAAAUAACUGCAGAACAGAUUAGAGAAUUACUGAGGUUGUGCGGUGGCUUUAAUUUGUUUUAAAUCAAAUUGUUCAUUUAAAAAAGUCUCUCUUUACAUUGAGCUUUAACUCCUGAGUUAGGUAUUGCAGACUGCUGUCUAUGCUUCACCUCCAACUCAUUGCAAACACCUUGUCAUCGCUUCCUCUGUGUUCUGGUUUGUUCUGAAUUGUUCUUCAGAAAAACUUAAAAGUCCUGUGGUUCCCAAGUUACCAGCCCUGUCCUGCUCUGGCAGGUAACUCAGCCACAGAAGGUAACCUUGUAUCCCAGACAGGCUCUUGUACUACAAAACUUCACCUCCUCUGCAACACUCUGUACACUUCACUGUUUUAAAUCAAUAUAUUAUUGUUAUAUAUAUUGUUAUUAAAUCAAUAUAUAAAUCAAUAUAUUCUCCAUGCACAUGUGCCAUCAUAACUCUCUGCCAAAAUUCUUAGCUUCUAACAGAAAUAUAAUUCAGGUUUUUCCUACACUGUGUACAUUCUGUACACACUGGAGUGCCUACAGAAUAUCAAAACCACAGAAGUCAUCUAAAAAUCCCUGAGGUCUUCCAUCCAUGGUCUUAAGUCCUAAAGAAUUAAACAUAAUUUAGCACAACAUCCCUCCUCCUCUGAGUGUACCUUCAGUUGUUGUGCCAGGUUUAGUGACAUGUGAAUAUUAAACCAACCACAGGGAUUCUGCCACAGCGAACAGGAGGGACAAAGCUUUGCCAUAAUCUAUGUAUGAUUCUAAGGACAUUAAAGAUCCAUGUAUUUUUCCCACUGUUACCUUUCCUGCUGUUUGUGGGAUUUGUUAACCUAAUUUCCAAAUGUGAUCUACCAACUUUGGAAGUUUUUUAGCAAGCCUGAGUGAGUGGAGCUGCUGUUGGAACCACCUCUGUGAAUAAAGUCAGACAAAACAAUA